AUGGAUGGGGAAACCAAGGCUGCACUUCAGAGGCAGAACUCGAUAAGUUGCUGCUCAGAAGAUGAAUCUAUUAAUGUACCUAAAUCUAGAGCUAGCAGAGGCUCAGCAACUGACUCCCAGAGCUUGUAUGCUAGGAAAAGAAGAGAGAAAAUUAAUCAAAGAUUAAGGAUUUUGCAGAGUCUAGUCCCUAAUGGAACUAAGGUUGAUAUUAGCACCAUGCUUGAAGAGGCAGUCCAGUAUGUCAAAUUUUUGCAACUCCAAAUCAAGCUUUUGAGCUCUGAUGACCUAUGGAUGUAUGCUCCCAUUGCAUACAACGGAAUGGACAUUGGCCUAGAUCUGAAGAUAGGCACUUCAAAAUCAUAAUGUUGAAAAGCUCACAAGACAUGGUGGUCUUAUUGUACAUUAGUAAAUUGAUCGAUGAGAGGAUUAUCAUACAGGGAGAUAGAGAAUUAUUGUCAUUUUGUAAUGGUGUCUAAUAAAGUCUCAACCUAUC